AUGAUUAAUGAUUUAGAUGAACAAUAUUUGAAACAAUUAGUUCGUCUCUUAAAACCAUUUAAACACAUGAUGACGAUUAUUCAAUGUGAAAAUAGCGAUCAAUUUGGAGACGAUCAAAAUUCAGAAAAUUUAUAUGAUGAUGAUUUAGAACAUGAAUUACAAGGAAUAACAUGGUUUCGUGAACGGCUCUUAUUAUUAUUAAAAGAGAUGUUUGUAUUGGAUAUUCGUCAUGUUGUAGCCACAUUACUACAUCCACUUUAUAGGUCAUUAAAAAAAUUUUCAAAUUAUAUAAAGAACCAAUGUCAUCAAUACAUACGUCGUCAAAUUCGAUUAUUAAAAGCAGAAGCAGAAACAGAAGAACAAUUAUAA